CCAUGACGGCCGCGGCCCCCUAUCCACCUUCGAGACGCCUAUCCAGCGCAACCACCUCCACUAGCUCCACCGGCAAUAAUCCGAAUAUGUACUAUAGUGGUAAUGUUUCGGAUAUUCGUCGAAGCACAUCGUCGCGCUCAGCCAACGCCCAGCUGGGAUACGUCGCCUUGAUGCGAAGGCAGAAGGCGACUGUUUGGUGUGACCGGGCCCAGCCAGAAGAUCCGCGACUGCGGGCUCAGAAAUUGGUGGAUAAGAAGCGGGCAUACCUGGAAGUCCAUGGCGCAGGCGCCGGGCGUACGGGUACCCUGGGAAGCGGCAAAAACAAGCACGGCGCUAAAGGGGGUACUGACUUUUCACCCUCGGCGCUUGUCGGUGCAACGGUUCCAGUUCGCCUGAGUGCCAACGAAGUGGGCGAUGCCGACGAGGAUGCCCACAGCGAUCGUGGAUUCCCGUAUCGCCGCACCGGCAGUGGCCGCAGUUCGCUCGGAAGCAACUCGCGCUAUCCGAGUGGGUAUCAGCGAAGCACUGUGGGUAGCAGUGGCUCUCCAUCGAACGAGAUGAGCGACUUGCCCGACGUUUCCGAGCACCCUCGAGCAGAAACCGCCGAAGCCGAGGCAGAACAUGCUUCCAUCAAGGAUAACGCCUCUCUGAAUAGCUUAGGCAGUGAACCGGAAGACAAAUUCGGCACUCUGGCAGAUAUGGCUGCCCCCAGCGCUGCACAAGCCGCCAUCGAGAAGGCCAAGAAGGCGGAUGAGCUGAGGCGCCGGGGCAGCGUGGACGAUAGGACCACAUCAAUGACCAAUGUCCGACUCUUUGUUGCGAACCCGGAUUUGAGUGAUUAAGAUGCAUUUUAGCCGCGCGCUUGGCAUAUUCUUGGAUUUACCAUGCCACGUCUCCGCCUAUCUUCGAACUCAACGUUUUUCCUUUUUGAUAUCUGUUGAACCUCUUUUCUUCCUGCAGUCCUGCCUCGCAUUUCAUGGCCGGUGUCUAGGCUUCAUGCCAGAGCCUUGGGCCCAAAUGUUAUAAUGGCUGGGUCACAAUUCUGAUUGUUCUGUUUCAAGUUGACUUUUGUAUUGCACACUUGUUCUAUUCCCCUGACAGCAUGUUAUUGGCGCUUUUGUCUCCCUCUCUCUCUCUUUUUGUGUCGUACGGAUUGCGUACGGCAGAUGAGUGUGAUUGGUCCGCACCCAUGUGGCUGAUGGAUUUAUGAGUAAUCAUAGUAAUAAAUAAUACUCAUGUACAUAUGGCAGCCGUUGUUUGUAGUUAGAGUGGCAUAUACUUGGAACGGGUCUUCCUGCUACCCUACUAUCG